AUGGCCCCUCCAAAGCUGUUCAUUGGUGGCCUCGCAUGGCAUACAACUGACGAUACCCUGCGUGAAGGGUUUUCGCAGUUUGGCACCAUCGAGGAAGCCAUUGUCGUCAAAGACCGUGAUACCAACCGUAGCCGUGGCUUCGGGUUCGUUCGUUUCUCUAGCGAGGCCGAAGCCGAUGCUGCCCUGAACGCCAUGAACAACCAGGAGUUCGACGGUCGUGUAAUUCGUGUUGACAAGGCCACUGAGCGCUCCUCCGGUGGUGGUGGUGGCUAUGGCCAGCGCCAGGGAGGCUACAACCGCUUUGACAACUCUGACCGCGGUGGUAGCUACAACCGCGGCGGCUACGGCGGUGGCUAUGAAUCUCGCCAAGGUGGCGGUGGCUGGGGUGGACAGCAGCAGCAGCAGCAGCAGCAGCAGCCAUACCACGGCCAGAGCCAGGGAGGCAACGGAGGAAUGUAA